UAAAUAUCAUGAUACAACAAGAGGUUUUAAAUGAAAUAUUUGUUCCCAAUCAAUUAGCUUAGGUCUUGGAAACUGUGGCUCAGAGCAACAAAAAAGGUAACAUAGAAUUAGAUUACUUUGGCGUUAAGGUGAGAGAGGGGAAGUAUGAAAAUAAAGCUGCACCCAAUAAGAAGAAAUAAAAAUAAAUAAAACAAUAGUAAUAACAAUAAUAGCAACAAUAAGCCUAAGUUUAGUAGUAAACAGCUGACUAUGUAGAGCAAGAGGAGAUCGAUGAUAAAUAUGCAAAAUAAAUUUAGUUUGAUGAUGAUGAAAAUCUGGAUAUGGAUUAAAUUUAACAACAAUAAUAAUUCCAAGAUGCUUAGGCUUAUAACAUUAAUGAAAAUAUAGAAUUUUAUUUGACAUCUGAAUACAAGACAGUGAAAUUCAAUGAUAGGAAAGAACUCGCAUGUUUGGUAGGUAUCAAAGCUAAAGAAGUACAUUAACCAUAGGUUCCUUAACAGAUCGAAGGAGAUGCAUAGAACUAAUUUAACAUGGAUUAAUAGCAACACUCAAAGGUGGGAGUGGAUUUAGUAAUAUAUCUAGAAAUAUCAUUUAGCUAUGUGUAAUUGAUAGAAGUGGCAGCAUGAGUGGAGAGAAGAUAGAGAUGGUAAAAUAAACCUUAAACAUCUUGUUAAAUUUCUUGGGUCCUAAAGAUCGAUUGUGUUUAAUAUAAUUUGAUGACACUUGUUAGAGAUUGACCAAUUUGAGAAGAGUGACUGAUGAGAACAAAACUUAUUAUUCGGACAUCAUUUCAAAAAUAUAAGCUAAUGGUGGUACAGUAAUUGGUUUAGGUACUCAAAUGGCCUUAAAACAAAUUAAAUAUAGAAAGAGUGUGAAUAAUGUGACUUCAAUUUUCGUAUUGUCUGAUGGAUAGGAUGAGGCUGCAAUUUCCUAACUUUAAAAGCAACUUGCCUAUUAUAAAUAAACUCUUACAAUCCACUCCUUUGGUUUUGGUAGUGAUCAUGAUGCUAAAUUAAUGACCAAAAUCUCUAAUUUGGGUAAGGGUAGUUUCUAUUUUGUUAACAACAUAUCUCUGCUUGAUGAAUUUUUCGUUGAUGCACUAGGUGCUCUGACUUCAAUGGUGGUAACUGAUAUUAGUAUAACUUUGGAAAACAAAAUGCAAAGUCCUUAUGAUGCUAUAACAAUAUCCAAAUUCUAUGGCGAAUAAAAACUGAACACUUAGAAUACGAAUGUGCAACUGAAGAUUCCUUUUCUUGCUGAAGGAUAGAGAAGAGAUUUUGUUUUUAAACUCAACAUCCCUUAUAUCAAUAAUAACAAUGUAUUGUUUCAUUAUUUUUUUAAGGUUCAAUCAGAAAAUGUCGUCCUGUUUAAAGCAUUAGCUAAGAUCACCAGUUCCCAAACCAAAGAGACUAUUGAGAAAUAAGUUGAAUUGGUUGUAAAAUUCGUUGAUGAAAAUUAACCUCUCAAUGAAGAAUAAGAUUAGUACAUUAUUAUUUUUAUAAUUUUUAAGCUUUGUCACUGAAUAAGUUUUCAGAGUUGAAUCAGCUGAGGUUAUCAAGGAUGCUCUUCACAAGUGUCAAAAUAGAUAAAAUUAGUAAGCCAUUAAUAUGAUCGGCUCUCUAAUUUCAAAAGUGUAGGAAAAUCCUUAACUAAUUGAAAAAGUGAAGAACAUUGUCUCCGAUCUUGAACAAGUCAAGUAGGCAGCCAGACAAGAAUAUUUCAAUAAAUUUGGAAGUAAAUAAAUGUAUUAGAUCAUUUCAAACAAUUAUAACUAAUAAGGAAUUAAUGCAAAAUUUGAUGCCACUGGAAUACAAUUGCAAUAGGAGGAAUAAUCUUAAUUCUAAAACCAAAAAUAAAUGAUGUGGGUUAAGAAGGUCUAAUAUUCAAAAAAAUGCAAACCAUGA